AUGGCCACUUCCAAUAGGAGUGCGGGCAUCCGGUGGUCUAGACAGGAGACACGGAUGCUUCUCUCCAUACUAGGUGAGGCACAGUACAUUCAGCGCCUCCAGACUGUACAUCACAAUGUAGAGGUCUACCAGGCUGUGUCUAAGUGGAUGCAGCAGGAAGGCUUCUGCCACACUGAGCGUCAGUGCCGCUCCAAGUUCAAAGUCCUGAAGGCAUUACAUUUAAAGGCCUAUGUGGCCCAUGCCACAAGUAUGGGUGAUCCACUACACUGUCCCUUUUAUGAUACGUUGGAUCACCUUCUCCGAAAUCAGAUAGUGACUGAUGCAGACAACUUAAUGGAGGAGGCUGCUUGGGCCCAGCAAUGUGAUCAGAACUUGGUGGUCCCUGACAUCCCAGGGGAAGAGGGAAACAGCAUUCUGGGAGCAAAAUGGACUCAGGCAGCAGAUCAUCAGCUUAUCUUGAAAACAGUUAAGGAAUCAGAUGAGGAUGGUCAGCUGAGGAUCAGUGACCAGAUGCGAGAAACCAGCGACCUUGAGGACUCCUGGGAUGAAUCCUCGGGUGCAGGGUGCUCUCAAGGAACCCCCAGCUACAGCAGCUCCCACCACCUUUUCAGAGGUGCAGCUGAUCCCUGUCAGAGCAGCCCCAUGAUCAGACUGGGAGUGUCUGGUGAGCCCAGCCCCUGAACCAGCUCUGGCCGAAACACUUCCGGGGUGACCUCGGCACAGCGGCCUCCAGUCUCCUCCUCCAGAGUUCCUUUUGUUUCUGGUGGGGAUGGGCCUUUUACCAGUGAGCCCCCUCCCAGGUGGGCAAGGUGAAGAAGGUGGUCAGUGGCCAGGACUAUUGCAGCCAAGUUGGCAGAAAACAGGAGAUUGGCACGAGAACUUUCAAAGUGGGAGGAAGAAAAAUUGGACCAGCUGAUUGCCACUGGCAAGGAGGCCAGUGCUCAGCAGGACCCUGCCAAUGAGCUGCGCAGGGAUGCUGUGGUCAUGGUAAGACGCUCGGCCACAGCGGUAGAAGAGGCAACAAAUGCUUUUCAGCUAGGGCUUGAAAAGUUUCUUCAGAGGUUAAUUUCAAACACAAAAGUUAGCUGA